AUGAUUGUUGAAGUUGUAGGCUCUGGAGCUAGAGAAUGUGUUGGUGCAGGUGAUGGUGGGAUAACUGCUGGGGAAGGAACAGGUGCUGGUGCAGGUGUUUCUUUAGCUGGUGCUGGUGCUUUUGGGGCCUUUGCAGGUGCUGGGGAUACCUUUGGCGGUAAAGAAGCUGGCGGCAAUGGUAAUGGUGAAAGCGAAACAGGUGGUAGAGAAACAGGUGCUUUUUUGGGUGGGUGUGGUGGUGGAAGACUUUUAGGAGAUGGGAUUUUAGGGCUUAAUGCUGGUGUAACCUUGGGGAUCGGCAGUUUUGCAGGAGCAGGUUUUGGAGGGUGUGGAACUGGUGAUUUCACAGGUGCAGAUGUUGGAGGUUUUACUUUUGGAACUAGUGGUUUCAAAGGAGCAGCAAUUGGAGUGGUAUGUUUUGGAACUGGUGGUUUCAAAGGAGCAGAAGCCGGAGUCGUAGCUUUUGGAACUGGUGGUUUCACAGGAGCAGAUGUCGGAGUCGUAGUUUUUGGAACUAACGGUUUCACAGGAGCUGAAGCCGGAGUCGUAGUUUUUGGAAUCGGCGCUUUUACGGGAGCGGAUGUUGGUGAUGUAGCUUUUGGAACUGAUGGUUUCAAGGGAGCGGAUGUUGGAGUUGUAGCUUUUGGAACUAUUGGUUUCACGGGAGCAGAUGUCGGAGUUGAAGCUUUUGGGACUGGUAACUUAACAGGGGAAGAUAUUGGGGAUAUAACUUUGGGAACUGGUGACUUCACAGGAGCGGAUGUUGGAGUUGUGACUUUGGGGAUUGGUGACUUCCAUGGUGAAGAUGUUGGAGUUGUGACUUUGGGGAUCGGUGACGUCCAAGGCGAGGUUGGAGUUGUGACUUUUGGGAUCGGUGACUUCCAAGGCGAGGUUGGAGUUGUGACUUUGGGUAUCGGUGACUUCCAAGGAGAGGUUGGAGUUGUGACUUUGGGGAUCGGUGACUUCCAAGGCGAGGUUGGAGUUGUGACUUUGGGGAUCGGUGACUUCCAAGGUGAGGUUGGAGUUGUGACUAUGGGGAUCGGUGACUUCCAAGGCGAGGUUGGAGUUGUGACUAUGGGGAUCGGUGACUUCCAAGGCGAGGUUGGAGUUGUGACUUUUGGAACUAGUGCCUUGGAAGGUGCAGUAGGGAUUAUUAUGGUUGGUAAUUCGGAAGGUGCUGCUGCUGUGAUCGUGGUUGGGGGUUUGUUCCAAGUAGGAGAACUAGCUACAGGUGUUUUCUUUGUACUACUAGCAGGAGUUGCUGCUGCCACAACAGGUUGUUGUUUGUCUACAUAUGGUGAAGUUGCAAUUGGCCAUUUAGAAGGAGUAGACGGAGUCGUGGUUGGCAAUGUGGAUGGUGCAGAUUGGGUUAUGGUUGGCCACUUUGAUGGUGCAGAUUGGGUUAUGGUUGGCCACUUUGAUGGUGCAGCUGCAUACCCUUAUUCAGGAGGGCACAUUGACACCGCAUUAUUGAUACAUUAUAGAGACCAUGCGACUCUAUAUGUCUGGGCCAUAGAGGAACAUGAUUGUUUGAAAUCUGUUAACCAUGCCAGAAAGAUUCACAAGCUUUAUCAGUCUAAGGAUGAGUGGUUCCAAAGUGUCAUCAAAUACUUGGGUCUGUCCGUCUGUGUUCUUCCGGAUACGCAACCAUCAGUCCUGGCAUACAAGGGGAUUUUGCUGAGAGAUGGUGUUGGCUAG